AUAGGUUGGCUUCGAUCCUGCUAUCGGAGAAGGUUCGGUACUCCUCGACAAGGUACAGUCGUGCAUGGCGGCCGGGCGACCCUUAAGCUGACAUCGGAGUGUAAUCCCCUGAUGAGCACCUGUAACCUGUCGGAUUAUUCCCAUGUGUGGCUGAUCUACAUAUUUCAUGAGAACACCAAUUUGGGAACCAAGACUCAAGUGAAGAGCAAGGUUCGGCCCCCGAGGCUGGGAGGAGAAAAGGUGGGCCUCUUUUCCACAAGGACUCCACAUCGACCCAAUCCUAUCGGUCUCUCUCUCGUGAGGCUGCAGAAAAUCGAGAAGGGGGUAUUCACAUUUAUUGAGUCUUACGGCAUGUCCAGGCAUUUCUCUGGUCUGGACCUCAUUGAUGGGACACCGAUUCUCGACGUCAAGCCCUAC